AUGUCCGUGUCACAGUACGGUACAGCAAGUCCAGCUGACAUUGAAUCAACCUCAGAAUUGGAAGUACACUCAUCGAAAUGCUAUUUACAGCAGCGAUAUCUGGUCGUGCUAUUAGCAUUUUUAGGAUUUGCUAAUAUGUACGCAAUGAGAGCAAAUUUAUCAGUUGCCAUCAUCCAGAUGACUAGCGAUACCGUUGUGACCACUGUAGAUGGGCAGCAAGUGAAGAAAGCUGAAUUCAAGUGGGACUCGAUAACACAAGGCGCUAUUCUAGGAGCAUUUUUCUAUGGCUAUUUUUUAACACAGCUUCCUGGCGGUUACUUGGCACAUCGUUAUGGCGGAAAGUUCGUUUAUUUCGCAGGUGUUUUCGGUACUGCUAUUUUCACUUUGCUUUCUCCUCCACUGGCAAAACUUGGGAAAGUUUCAAUAAUGGCCGCAAGAUUUUGGGAAGGAUUUUUUGAGGGUGUUUCAUAUCCUGCAAUGCAUGCUAUACUGGGAAACUGGACACCAACGAUGGAAAAAACUCGGAUGAGCGCAAUUUCAUACUCUGGUUCGUAUUUCGGAACUGUCAUAGCAAUGCCUGUAUCGGCUGUUAUCGGUCUUCAUUUCGGAUGGCCAACUAUCUUUUAUUUCUUCGGGAUAGCUGCUUUGUUGUGGUGCUUUUUAUGGGUGAAAAAAUUUCAUGAUUUGCCGGAAAACGAUCCAAAUAUAACCACUGAUGAAUUAACGUUAUUGAAACGCGAAACUAAGCAAGCAAUGAGUACUGUAAGAUUAAACUUAUCCGUUGUUCCUUGGAGACAUAUUCUUUCAAGUAGAGCCGUUUGGGCUAUUGUUAUUGCACAUGUAUGCCAGAAUUGGGGAUUUUAUACAAUGUUGACAAGUUUGCCACGAAUAUUGGAAAAUUUGCUUAGUUACGAUCGUGAAAAUGCUGGAUCUCUAUCGUCUCUCCCGUAUCUUGUUAUGGGUGUUGUGCUUCUAACUGCCGGUAGUUUUGCUGAUUAUCUUAGAACGAGCUGUAUGUGGUCCACCAUCAAAGCGAGAAAAGUUUUUUGCUGUUUAGGUCUGUUAGGAGAAGCGGCAUUUUUGUUGCUAACAAUAACAGAAAUGCGCAGAUUGUUGGUGCUUGUUUCACUGAUAAUUUCUGUUGGUUUGAGUGGUCUUGCAUGGAGUGCAUUCUCCGUCAAUUCUCUCGAUAUCGCUCCGCAGUAUGCUGGUCACCUUAUGGGUUUUUCAAAUACAUUAGCUACAUUGCCAGGAGUGAUUAGUCCGCUAUUUGUUGGUGCAGUCGUAAAAAAUCAGUCGCGCAGUGAAUGGCAUACAGUGUUCGUUUUUACGUCAUGUGUUUAUAUAUUCGGCUCAUUUAUGUUUUGGCUUUGGGCGAAAGGUGAGUUAGAAGAAUGGUCUUCAAAUCAAGCUGAUUUAUCACAAAGUGGUGACUGA